AUGGCGCCCUUUCGAGAUGAAGCGAUCCUCAUCAUCGCGCCUGGCUCGCAUACCACCCUCGCCCAACUCGGGCUCCCCGAGUCCUUCACACCUGCGCGCUACCGACUGCGGUCGCGCAUGUUCGCCGCCGACACAAAAGGCGAAUACGAGCCGGUGAAGAUCCGCAGGAAAGAGAAGAAGGCGCAACCUCCGCCCCCACCCCAAGAAGACGGCGCGGCGACCAAUGGCGCAACCACAAACGGCGCGUCGCAACCCGACCCAGAACCCGCAGAAGACGAGGAAUGGGAGGAAGACCAUGUGUCGGAAGAGGGCGCCAUCUGGCCCAUCCAGAACGGGCGCAUCGUCGACUGGCAGUGUUUCUACGCGCUUAUGACCCACGUUUACAAUACUGUCAAUCCACCCUUUCACACCGCUAUCCUGCUUAUAUCCGAGCCCGUGUGGACGCUGAAGGAGCACGAGAAGGUGACGCAGUUCUUCUUUGAGAAGUUCAAAGUGCCUGCGUUUGGCAUGAUGGAUGCUGCCAUGGCUGCUUCGUACGCCUAUGGCGCGGCCACCGCCACUGUUGUGGACGUCGGAUUCACCAAGGCGGAUGUGUCGUGCGUGGCGGACUUUGUUCUGCAUCAUGUUGGAAGGAGCUUGGCGGUGCCGGAUUGCGGAGGCGAGGCGAUGACGGACAAGCUGGGGGAGUUGUUGCGGGGAAGGAAAGGGUUCACCAGGGCGGUGUGUGAGCAGUUGAAGAAGAGCAGUAUUUGCGAGAUUCUGUCCGGAGAGACGGAGAUGCCUGGCGAGGAGUCGGCGGCGGAUGCAUCGGCCGCCUCGAACCCUGCUGCUGCUGCUUCGACUGGUGCUGAUGGUGCGGAACCGGGACAGAGGAGGCCAUCGGCUGCAGAACUGCCUCGUGGACCCGGUCCUGACACCGAAGUGGGCGAGGAGAAGAAACUCGAGGACGACGAAGGUGUAUUGGACAUUGCCAGCAUCGUGACGAGCGGGAACAUGAACGACUACCUGGCGCAGAAAGACCGAGAGAAGCAGGAGAAGGCGGCAGCGAAGGAGAAACGAGGCAGUGUGGCGCAGACGCAGACUGCCGCGAAGCCCGUCCGACUCCCCAACUCCAAACGCACCCGCAACACCUUCAUCUACGAGGAUGUUGCAUUACAUGAUGCCAUGAAGCAGGCUGGUAUGGACAGCCAAGGAAUGGCAGACAUGCAAUCCGCUCUUCAGGAUGGAGGACCCAACAAGCGACAGAAAACGCCCGAACCCCAGUCCGCGACCUCUGAUAGACCGGCCGACGGCGGCUUCGAGAACGCGACCGCUGCCGGUCCAACAAGUGGCAUCCGACGCGAGGUGGAAGUCGGGCUCGAGCGCUUCCAAGCCGCAUCGGGUGGUAUCCUCGACAAACUCGCCGACUGCAUCCACCGCACCAUCCAAUCGUGCAGCGACGUCAACAAGCGCGGCGAGCUGUGGGACAGCAUCAUCGUCGUGGGCAACGGGGCGAAAGUGCGGGGCUUCAAAGAAGCGCUGCUGGAAACGCUGCACAAGAAAUACAUCAUCUCCCCCUCCUCCGCCACCAUCUUCACCUCCGAGCUGCCCUCGAACUUCAGCACGCCCCUCGCGACCGGCGCCAACACGCCCCAACCCCAGAUCCCAGGCCAACACCCCGCCCCGCACCACGGCGGCGUCAACCCGCUCCUCCUCGCCGCCACCACCGCCCAACACCCGCAUUUGCAACCUUCCUCGUCCGGCCUCGGCCAGCACCCUUCCGCUCCACAUCAUGCCCUCUCCUCCUCCCACGCCAGCUACGGCCAGACGCCCACGAGCAUCAAGCUCGCCAAAAUCCCGGACUACUUCCCCGAAUGGAAGGAGGUGGGGUACGACGAGGCGACGUUCUUGGGCGCGCAAGUCGCGGCUAAGGUGCUGUUCAUUAACGAUGCGGGGUUGAGUAAUGGGUAUAUGACGCGCACGGGGUAUAAUGAGCAGGGGCCGAGUGGGAUUCAUGAGUGUAUGCUGUGA